CAAAGCCCAAGAUAAUAAUCCAGCUAUAAAAUAAGGUGCCUGAUCACACAGCCGUCGAUCCAGCCAGUUGGAGAGCCGCAACAAUGAAGUGUCUGACGUUAUUAGCGCUAUUGGUCUUGGCCACGUUGGCCUUCGUGCAAGCCGGCAAGGUAAGCAUCAAGGGCGAGUGUGUCCACUGCAAUGAACAUCCCACCACCACCACACGCAAACCCUCCCCUGCCCGAGGUAAUGGCGGCAAAACUACGGCCAAGCCAAGGUCAAAAACUCCACCGGCCCGCAAGGAUUCGGACUCGGAUGAGGAUGAUGAUGAUCUGUCCGGAUGGUCACUGCAUCAGACCUCUGGCGGAGCUCAGCACAUAGCCAACAGGCGCCACAAGCGUCAGUGGGGCCGUGGGUGGGGUGGAAGCGAACAAUAUAUCGGCGGCUGGACAGGAAAUGGUCCCGUUACCACCAUUGAUUCCCGUGGCACUCCCGAUACAAUAGUCCGGAACAGCGAUUGCGUUGGAUGCAACAUUCGGGGUUGAGGUUGAGUUGAGAUUCAGAAAAAUUAGAUCAACGGAAGAGAUAAUCUUAAAGACAAAAAUUUUAAUAAAUAAAUUACCAAUCACAUAUAUAUAAA